AUGGUACUCUGGACCAGACCGUGGGGGGCAUGCGUGUGGUUCCAGACUCUGCUGGCCUUUGCCCUGGCCAACUGUCCUUCACUGGCCCCAAUUGUAAACUUCUCUGUGGUCUACCACAAUGCCCUUCUCCAGGCCGGGGGUCUCCAGAAUAUAGUCAACAACUCAUUUUACCAGGAAGUGUAUGUGGGUUCUAAGAAUGUGAUUGAAGCUGUCAAUAGAAGCCUGGAGAAGUGGGAGCUCCGUACUGGGCCCGUGGGAAGCCCAGAGUGUCACAUAUGCAAUUUAUGUGAUGACAAAAAUUACAACUUUCCAGAGGACACAAACACUCAGGUCUUGCUGUUGGAUACACUAUUUAUGUAUAUAUAUUCUUGUGGAAGUUCUCAGUAUGGUGUAUGCUAUUUCCACCACUGAACCCCAAAUGGAGAGCCACCCUCGCUUUCAAAGUGUUUGUUCCGAAAGGAUUCAAACUCUGCUGCUUACUGUCCUGACUGUCUGGCUAGCCCUCUUGGAACAAAAGUCACAAUGGUAGAGGAGGGUCAGACUGUUUAUUUUUUUGUUGCUGCCACUGUUAAUGACAGUGUCACUCAGCGUUACGGUAGGAAGUCUUUAUCAGUUCGCCGACCACUUGCUACAGAAGAUGGUUUCUUCAGUGAUGUGCGUGGUCUGACUGUCCUUCCCAGCCUGCGGAGGACAUACCAUAUUGAAUAUGUCUACAGCUUCUUCACUCAGGAGUUUGUGUACUUCCUUUCAGUCCAGAGAGAGAGCCCAGAUCAGGACUCAUCACCAUUUCAAACUCGUCUUGGACGUCUCCCGAGGAAUGAAUGGGAAAUGAAGAGGUAUCGCGAGUUGAUCUUGGAGUGUCGCUUUGAACCAAAACGCAGAAGGAGGAACGUAGCCAGUGAACCUUAUAAGGAUAUUGUGUACAAUGUGGUCCAGGCAGCCCAUUUUGGCAGGGCUGGGAGGGAGCUGGCAGAGGAGUUAGGGGCAGAGGAGGAGGAUGAGAUCCUUUAUGGGGUUUUUGCUGUUACUGAUGACAGCGGAGUCACGGAGCAUGACUCUGCCCUGUGCGCCUUCCCCAUGGACAAUGUGAACACAAUUGCUGAUGGGGUGGAUGACUGUUGUGAGUCUGGACCUGAGCAGCUCUCCAGAGGGCUCUGUCAUUUCCAACCUUGUAGAGUUUGCCCUUUUCAGAGCAUGGAGAACAAUGCCACAUGCAGAGACCAUCCUACCAUGGUGUCAAAGCCCUACUACAGAGUGGACCUGUUCAACAGGAAGAUGACAAAUGUUCUGCUCACAUCUCUCCUGGUCACAACUAUAGAGAACAAGACCGUUGCCCACAUUGGUACCUCGACUGGACGUCUGCUUCAGCUUGUAUUGACAAGAUCCAGCCCUGUCAUCUUUGCCAAUUACUCUUUGGUAGAAAACCAGAGGGUCUCCUCCACUGCUGCUGUGUAUUCUUCAGAGUAUCUUCUCUUUGUGGUUGGAGACAAGAUGAUCCAAGUGCCCCAAAGAGGGCCAGGCUGUCAACACUUCCUGACUUGUGCCAUGUGCUUGACGGCCCCAAAGUUCAUGGGCUGUGGCUGGUGCUCUGGAGUUUGCUCGUGGGAGAGCGAGUGCUACAGUCGUUGGAGGAAUGAGUCCUGCCCACCUGGUAUUUCUGGGUUCUUUCCACGGACUGCUCCCCCUGAUGGUCAGACAGAGCUGACAUUGUGCGGAUGGGAGUUCCAGUCACCUUUAAGACCUGCUAUCACCUCCAGAACCCACCAGGUCCGACUAGGACAGAGUUCCUGCACUGUGAUUCCAGCCAAAAGCAACAACACGCACUUAGUGUGUAAGAUUCGCUCUGGGGCUACUGAGCUGUCCAAACCUGUCAACAUUACAGUGGAAGUAUAUGAGGGCAAAGUGGAGGGACGCUACUCUAUUGAUGGAAAGGCAGAAAUGCCAGGGUUUACAUUUGUGGUUCCCAACAUCACAGAAAUCCAGCCCAACUACGGCCCUCGUGAUGGGGGAACACUUAUCACCGUGACUGGGCCUCACCUGGAUGCUGGAAAGACCAGGAAAGUCACUCUUAAUGAUGUUCUCUGCCCUAUAAAGAGGAUCGCAGUACUUAAAGGCAACAUGUCCUCCAUAAUCUGUUUGUCUCAGAGCAUCUCAGAGGUGAGGGACGUUCCUCUGAGCGUGUUCAUCGACAAGUCUCCUGUUAUCACAACAAAGGUGUUUUACUACAAGGAAAACCCGAAGAUUACAGCCGUCCGGCCUGACUGCAGCUUUGACAGAGGUUCAAAGAUAGUGAUUGAAGGGGAGAACCUGGAUUCUGUUUACCGAACCAUCAUCCGCUUUAAACCCAACGAGAGCCACUUGAAACCUGUGACAAGGGAGUGCCUCGGCAAGUCCUUGCCCACACGGAUGGAAUGCAUCACCCCUGUUUUCCCCAGGGAUGAGACCGAGGAAGGAUUGCUAUCUUUUGAUAUGGAUGGAGCACUGAGGUUAUGGAACAAAGAAUUCUCCUAUCACCCCUAUGGCGAGCCGAUACCUUUUGAAACGGAAGGACACGUGCUAAGUUUGUACCCUGGGUUUGAUGAGGUGUCGCUACAUCACCAAAAGCUGAACCUGGUGAGCUCUUGCAUGACCAUUAUUAUGACGGUGGCAGGUGUUGAUUGUGAUGCUAAAGUCCUGGAUAAUGAGAUAACCUGCAGGAUCCCCAAAAACAUGACCAUUCCUAGUGAGGGACUCCCAGUGAAGAUCUCAAUCAACGGGCAGGUUCACAAUGUUGGCACAGUGGUGAGGGUCAGCAACCAUUACAUGGUGGGGAUUGUUCUGGGGAUCCUGGCAGCUCUGGUGGCUGGAGCGGUGCUGGCCUUUGUUGUCAUGAAACACUUAAGGAAGAAGAAGAAAGCCUCCACGGGAGAGUCGUAUUUGACCCACAACACUAACCGCAGUUGUGCAAAUAAUGUGGAGAUGUCGCCUGCUGGAGACUACAGAAGAGUAGUAUCACUAAGUCCUCCCGCUCCCUUGGUGGGACCAGUAGGAUUCCCAAGCCUGGCUUAUGCUGGAGGUCACAUAGAUCCUACCCUCACUCCCCUCCUUCCUCCAGAAAAGAUCCCUAUUACCAGUUUUAGGCUGGAGCUGCUGGAAGAGGUGAAGGAUGUUCUUAUUCCUGCUGAGAUGCUUGUUGUCCAGAAACAUCAGAUCAUAGGAAAGGGCCAUUUUGGAACUGUCUAUCACGGCUACUUCACCGACUCCAACAACAGAGAAAUCCACUGUGCUGUUAAGUCUUUGAAUAGGAUAACGGAUGUUGAAGAGGUGGAGCAGUUUCUGAAGGAAGGUAUCAUAAUGAAGGGCUUCCACCACAGCAAUGUGCUCUCUCUGUUGGGCAUCCUCCUGCCACAGGAAGGGCUCCCUCUAGUGGUGCUCCCAUACAUGAAACACGGGGACCUGCGGCACUUUAUACGCUGCGAGAAGAGGAACCCCACUGUAAAGGAUCUGAUAGGCUUUGGGCUGCAAGUUGCCAAGGGCAUGGAGUAUUUGGCUCAAAAGAAGUUUGUGCACAGAGAUCUCGCAGCACGCAACUGCAUGCUGGAUGAGCUGUACACAGUGAAGGUGGCCGACUUUGGCAUGGCCAGAGAUGUUUUUGAUAAGGAAUAUUACAGCGUUCAGGACCACAGGAAGGCUAAACUGCCUGUCAAGUGGAUGGCCAUUGAGAGUCUGCAAACACAAAAGUUUACCUCCAAGUCAGACGUGUGGUCCUUUGGUGUUCUGAUGUGGGAGAUGCUGACCAGGGGAGCAAGCCCCUACCCAGAGGUGGACCCGUAUGACAUAACACAUUACUUACUGAAGGGCAGGAGGCUUCCUCAGCCCCAGUACUGCCCUGACCUUUUGUAUAGCAUUAUGCUCCAGUGCUGGGACCCUGAUCCAGAGUUGAGACCCAGCUUUGCUACGCUGGUGUCAGCUGUCUCCACCAUACUUUCAGGCCUGGAAGGAGAACACUACAUCAGUCUGAAUGUCACCUACGUCAACCUGGACCAGCCUCGUCCCUAUCCCGCCCUGACAGAAUCCGCCGAUGAGUAUGACUCCACAGAUGUUGAAGACUCAGGCUCACUGUCUUCCUGAUCCACCUCUCCUCCUCUCUCUGCUUUAAACUGUUGCUGGUGCUAAUAGCGAGCGCACAAAAAACAAAAAACAAACAAACUCCUGCCUCGUCAACCAGGGUCUUUUACCUCAGUGGAUGUGAAGCAGAAAUACUCUUUCUCAUUGGAGUGGGAUGAGUAUUUGGAACAAGUAAGAAGGUCCAAUGGCGGACCUCACAUUUGGGUGAGACCAAGGUCUGUGAGCCAAAGAGUGUGGAAAAAAAAUAGUCAAAUAUUCUUCAUUAUAGUGCAUUAGGUGUGUAAAAAAGUACCUUAAAUUACACCUACGAUUGUACAGGCACUACGGCUCACAGAUGCUGGGUGCUGAAGAAGAAAAUGUGCUUUUUGGAGAGGGAGGCAUUGAUGAGAGGGGAACUGAAGUGCUUAUUUCUGACAGUGGAUUACGGGGCUAGUACUGCAUUAGUUCUGCAUUGGUGCUGCACAGAGCUUUGCAGAUGCAUAUUUUGUUGCUGUGUGCCACCACAUGGGUGCAAAGAUAUUUGGAACAACCUGUAAUAUAGGCUAUUCUUAUUCACGUUCGUGUUGUUAAUGCUUUAGCUUUAAUGGAAGAGACCAGAUUAACAGUGGAGAAGGAAAUGUCUUCUGCAGCCUUCUCUCAGCCUUAUUGCCUGAGUUUCUUUAAUUUCUAGUGUUUUUUUGUUUGUUUUCUUUUGCUUCUUCCUUCCAGUUGAAGCCAACUUUUCAACCACUCAUCAUUCGACAUAUGGGAAGCACUGGCUGCUGCUUACAGGGAGCGUGCUGUUAGUUUGUUAGAGGAUUGUAGAGGAUUGUCUUUGUAGCCUCUGCGUUGGUUGAAUUCCUGUAAUAAUUCUCUGCAAAGCUUUCAGAUAUAGAAUAUCUGAAAUAGAAAUAUCCAGUCCUAUAUAUCUAAUAUAAAGGACUGAACAAGGCUCUUAGACCCUGGCCUCCAUAGAUGGAUCCAACUGAUGAAGCACUCUGUCAUAUUAUCAGUAAAUUUCAGACCUUAUAAAUGAGUCAUCUUACAGUUAGGUUUUAGAUAUUUAGUAUUUUAUUUUUUCAAUGAUAACAGAUAAUACACUGUAUUGGCAAAAGGAUUUGCUCGUCUGCCUUCACACACAUGUGAAUUAAAUGAGGUUCCAUUCUUAAUCCAUAGGGUUUAAUUUGAUGUCAGCCCACCCUUUGCAGCUGUAACAGCUUCAGCUCUUCUGGGAAGGCUUUGCAUAAGUUUUAGGAGUGUUUAUGGGAAUUUUUGACCAUUCUUCCAGAAGCACAUUUGUGAGGUCAGAGACUGAUGUUGGAUGGGAAGACUUUGUUCACAGUCUCCGCUCUAAUUCAGAGAGACUGAUAAAGUCAUACAGAAAAUGAUUACUUCAAGUUAUUGCUGAUAAAGGUGGUACUAGAAGCUACUGAAUCAUGUGGUGUACUUAGUUUUUCACACACUGCUUCUGCAUUUUGGCUUAGUUUGUGUUAAAUAAAUGAUGACGCCUUGUAUUAUGUCAUCUGUUCUUGUUUAUCUGAGGUUGUAUUUAUCUAAUUUUAAGACCUGCUAAGGACUAGGUAAUUUUUGUAGUGUCCUGAUGCAUAAAAACCUUUGAAUUAACAGAGGGUGUACUUUCUUUUUACCAUUCCUGUACAUCUGUUAGAAGCUAAUAUACUACACAGGCUCGUUAAGUCAGCCUUCAUAUUAGCUAGCUAGCUACCAGUUACAUAAAACAGUUUGGUCAGUUUAGUCAAAGUGUUUCCAAGCUAAGGAUUCUUUAAACAAAACAAAACAAAACAAAACACAGUUUAGGGCUAAAAGGGUAAUUAGCUGUCACUCGUUGAAUGUCAUCACAUUUUUUCCUCCCGUAACUCCUAUUAGGGAACAACACACUAGAACAACCCACAGCAGUGUAGCCCAUAUCCAUAUUAAUAGUAAGACAUUCCCAUAUUUGCUUUUUAAUUCUUUUGCUGUAUAACGAUUCCUCUGCUUAUUUUGUAUCAAACCAAUAAAGUCUAAACAUCAACCACAAUUCUUUGAAGGAAAUCUGACAUCACCCCAUUGCUUUUCU